AUGGAAGAAGAAAAAGUUAUGUAUGAAAAAUUUUAUUGUGCUCAUAAUACCUACAGAUAUCAUUUAGAUGAAUUAGACUCGACUCAAUUAUACUGUAAAAGGAAUAUGAAAAGAUUUAUAGAAAAUAUGAAAAUAAAAAAUUCUUGUAAUAUGAUAGCAGUUAGUUGUAAUUUACAAACAAAUGGAAUAGGAACAAAAAAUACUAAACAAAAUAUAAAUAGAUUAUGGGUAUCCGAAAAAGGCAAUUUAUUUGUAUCUUUUGCAUUUUUAUGGGAAAAAAAUAAAAUCGAAAUUCUCAAAUGUUUAUCUCAAGUUUCUACUGUUGCUAUUAGUAAAACAUUAGAACAUUAUAAUUUAAAAUGUCAAAUAAAAUGGAUAAAUGAUGUUUUAAUUAAUUAUAAAAAAAUUGCAGGUUGUCUAAUUAACGUAUAUUAUUUACACAAUGAGGCGAAACAAAUGUGUUGCCCAAAUUCUUGCUCGAUAAAAAAUGAUUAUAUAUAUGUUGUAGCAGGAAUAGGAAUAAAUAUAGACUUAAUAGAUAAAAAUAAUUUAUUAAAUAACAAUUUUACUUCUAUUAAAAACGAAAUAAAUACCAACCCUAUGGGUAAUAACAUCAUAGUACCUAGUGUAGAAGAUACAACUGAAAAAUUGAUUGAAAUUUUCCAUGAUGUAAUUAAUAAUUUUAAAAAUAACGGAUUUUCAUUAUUCUUAGAUUAUAUAACAUUACGACUUAUAUAUAAAUCAAAAAAAGUAAUAAUAGAUCAAGAUAAUAAUCAAGUUAUUGGAUAUUUAAAAGGAAUAGAAAAUGAUGGAACUAUUAUUUUGGUGGAUGAUAAUAAUAGGAUUAUUCAUGUGAAUAAUGGUCACAUGCAUCUUUAUGAUCAAAUAGAGAAUACAUAA